AUGGAGACGAAGAACGAGGCUCCAAAGGCGAAAAUAUCGUUACCGUCUGCGUCGGCGGCGUUCGCGGGCGGCGGCGGCGCGAACGAGUCGACGGGAAUGAAGCGCCCAGCGCCUGCGCCGCUUAUGAAUCCGCGUCAAGGACAGCAUAAGAAUCCUAAUUCGAUCGGCAAGGUGAAUACGCUCUUGCCUCCGCAACUGAGAGGUCGAUCGAAUGUGGUGACGCAGGACCUAGAGGCGCUCGGGUUUCGUAAGAAGACGCCGACAAAGAAGUGA